AUGGGUACAAUACAGUAUGAAUCAGAUGCCUGGGAUCAGACAGAAAGAGAUGAUGCUGAUGGUGAGCAAGACAUAGAACCAUCAGAUGUGGGGGAAAGGGAGGAAGAAAGGUUUGAAGUGGAAGAGUUGGAGAUCCUUGGGCACCAAUGCCAGGAAUGGAGGCAAGCAGGGAAGAAGAAGAAGCCUGCAGUUCUGCUAUCCAUAUGGGAGGAGAUGCAGCGAUUGGACAGGAACAAGGAGUUGAGAGGGAGCAAAGUCCAGAUGAAGUGCAAGGCAGUGGUCCACAAAUUGUACCAAGAGCAAAUACAGGAGAAGCUUGCAAAAAUGAAAGUAGAAGAAGGCAAUACCCAUGGAAGCAAGCAGAUCCAACAGUAUCAGAAUGCAUUGAUGGCUUUUAUUCAGGAUGACCUGACAGAGGAACAAUUGGCUGCAGCUGAAGAUAUAGCAGAAAGGUGGAAUGGGUGGGAAGGCCCCAUGCCAGAGACAAAAGAAUGCAGCCAAGUAUGGGUACAAGUAUGUCUGAAACUCUGUGAUGGAGAUGUGGAGGUAUUGCAGAAUGUGCAUAAUGGGAUCCCCUUCAAUGAUGUCUGCACACUGGAAGGAAGCUGGCAAGAGUACCUUGGGGAGACAUUUGAGGAACCAGGAACACCACCCAAGCAUGAUGGUGAGUCAAGUCCUGAACAUGCUCAGAAAAAGACAGUGGCCAAAGCAACAAGGACUGGCAAGGUUGACUCUGUGAAAUUGGUGAAAAAUGCCAAUGGAGAGAUUUGGAUAGGAGAAAUCGCAGGCCUUAGCCAGGACCAACUUCAAAAAAUGGUUCGCAGAUUUGUGACUGCUCACUACUGUGAGUGGCCAGAGAUUUACCUUCAACUGCAACCCAAGUCACAUGUGGAUGACAACAGCUACCCAGCCACUGUCCUUUUGGUGCAAAAAUGGAUCAAUCAAUCUGGCAAGCUGCAGCCACCAGUGGAUAGAACUUUGGCACCCCUCCAGGUUGUGAGGCAGUGGAAAUACCAAAAGACACCUGCCCCCAAAUGCAAAAAGAAUCCCAGAAGGAAAAAUGUCAAGGGCAAGGGUAAAGUGCAGGAAGAGGGAGUGGCAUAUGAUAGUGUGGAUGAUAGCAUGGACAACAGCACAGAUGACAGUUUGGAUGACCACAGCAAGGCUGAGGUGAGCAAUGUUGGAACAGAUGGUCCCUCUGCUAAAAAGGUAUCUGGCAGGAGGCAAAACUGUGCCAAGACACCAUUCCCUUCUCAUUCCCACUCAAAUCCCCCACCAGCUGAUGGUUCCCAUAGUGAAUGGCUCUCUGCACCUCCAGCCCAUGCAAAGACCCCAGUGCAUCGUCCACAAAAUAAAGUGCUAACUGACUAUAAUGGGCAGGAAAGCAAUGGCCAUGCUUCCGAUGAUGAAGCUGAUGAAGACACUUAUUUGCCCACCCUAUCCAAUUCAAAGAAAACAGCAACAUCCUUGAAUACAAACCCUGAUCUGCACUCAGGGAAUGAGUACACAACUGAACUACAGGACCACUCAGAAUACACAGAUGAAGAUGGAUUGGAGAGCAUUCCUUUCACUGACCACCCAACUGAGGAGGGGUCAACAAGCAGAAAAAAUGGUGGAAAGCUGAAAUCUGCCCUGAAGCGCACACACCAGGCAAGUUUGGCUCUGUCAGAAUCUAGUGAGCCAGACGUGAAUCGACAUCAACCUGGGGCCAAAUACUUGUCCAAGUCCAAACAUAAUGGAUCUGUGACCACCAAUGCAGCAUCUGCAAAUGUGAAACAGGGCAUCCCUGGGGGCACCUGGAAGUCACCUUGUGUCAGAAAGGCCCCUGCAAGGCCAGAUGCAGAUGUUCCAUCCCCUGAUGCAAAGAGAUCACACAAGCAAACAGGCAGCAAUCAGAAGUGGAAGUAG